GAUCAUGAGAAGCAAUGGUGGAAGGGCAGAGAAGCGCUAGUUCAGAAGCAGACGAGUCGGAAGGAGAAGAAGAGAGAACUAGACCAGGUCUUGUAUGUCCUCUAAUUACCCUAUACUACUACUCUUUACCGAACAACUCUUGCGUGGCCUUUCUUUCUCUUCUAAUACCGCUACCGUGGAAUAUAGACGCUCUGUCGGCGCACCUGUUGACGAGAAGGAGGUUUCGACAGUUGAAGAAGACCUCACCGAAGUCAGCAGAUACGAUGCUAAAGUUCACAAAGCAUCGACGCAAAUGGCUGACGCUAUGCUGUCUGAACUGAAGGCACUGGAUGUCCCGUUCUUCUCCAUCAGCCGAAGCCUUGUUGUUGCGGACGAGACAGCGAAUAAUGGCCAGGAUCUCGGCCAUCUUUCUGAGGCUGACGGUAGCCUUGAUGCACCGGGAGAGCAGGGCCGCUUAUCUGUAGAUGAAUUAUCGGCUUUCCGGCGACGGAUGUUGGAGUUAUUGCAAGAUCUCUGCAAGGAAUAGGAUAAGGUAUAAUUAAGAGAAUUUCAGGUUUCUGCUAUGAAUCAUCAUUAUGUACACUCGGUGCUUCCCUCUAUUCCUGCCAUUCGACAAUCAAUGCAUUGCGAGAGGCUGUAUGCAAGCGCAGUGAUAUUCCUGGAACACCUCGCAUAAC